AUGGCAGUGCAAGACUCUGGCAGAACAACAGGUUUUCCUUGCAAGCAGUGUGGUAUGGUAUGUCCCAAUAUGCCCAGUCUGCUCGAGCACAUGGAUGCUCACCUUCAACAAGAGGAAGAACGCAAAUUUAAAUGUGAUGAAUGUGGACGUGGUUAUAGGCAUGCUGGAAGCCUAGCUAACCACAAAAAGACUCAUGAAGUGGGUUCUUUUCAGUGUAACAUAUGUGGCAAAGAAAACUCUAAUGCUUUGGCCCUGAAGAGUCAUCUCCGGAGCCACACUUCACAGAAAAAGUACUCCUGUGCAGAAUGUGGGAAAGCUUUUCGUCUGGCAACACAGCUGGCUACACAUGAGAGGGUUCAUCUUUCCAAGCGAGCAAAGGAACAGUCAUACAGGAAGGUAGACAUGGAAUAUCCCACACAUGAAAAUAGACAUGAAAUUGAAAACGAUCACCCACAUCAUCUCAGUGAGCAUUCAGCCAGUGCCGGGAUUUCUAUAGAAAAUAGCCCAGCUGAGGACAAGACAGAGGUCAUUUAUAAUGCACAAGCUGAGACCUCUGAUGAUGCAGCAAAUAGACCUUUCAGAUGUGAUUUGUGUGACAAAUCAUACAUACACCAUCGAAGCCUGACCAAUCAUAAAAAGACUCAUCAGGUGGGAAUGUUUGAGUGCACGGUCUGUUUCAAACUGUUCAAUAACAUGGCUGCCCUCUACAGCCACCAGAGAACUCACAAGACAAGAAGCGGGACAGACCUCAGUUCAGUGGGUGGGUCAUACACAGGCACACCACUAGGCCAGUUUUCACCUCAGAGCCAGGAUGCUCCAGUAAAUUUCUGCCAUUUGUGUCAGGUACUGUUUCCAAGUGAUGAGGAAUUCCAGGAACACAUCCAAAUGCAUAACUCUUCAUCUGUGUCAUUUGGGCUUCAGGACACCUUGUCAGAGAACCACAAUAUAUCAUAUGACAACAGUAUUGCUUCACCUGAGUCUAAUUUUUAUGCAUCCCCUAUAAAUAAUAUUCCCUCAGUAUCAUCGAUAGAUAAUCAUGGAGGCUUUGAUCAGUCACAGGAGCCGAUUAUUAGUAAUGGUCACAUGUACUCAGACUGCUCCAAUAAUCAAACCCCAUCCUCCAGCAGCACUCAGGGAGAACCCCCAAUCAUAGACACAAGCAUUCUCGAUCCUGUCCUGACGCACACACAAAACACUGACAAUGCAACUGAAAUGGAAGAGACUUCAACUGUAGAUUCCGAUGAGCGCCCCUUCAAGUGUCAAAUCUGCGGCAAAAGCUACCGACACUCUGGGAGCCUCAUCAACCACAAAAGGUCACAUCAGGUUGGGAUUUACCAGUGUUCUGUGUGCAGGAAGAGUUAUCCUCACCUGGCUGCCCUCAAAAGUCAUCUUCGUCUCCACAAAGCUCAACCAUCGUCUUUUAGCCUCAGCACUGAGGGAGACUGGCUCUCCUCGGAGCCUCUGACUCUGGAUAACCAGCAGGGCUGCUUCUCCUCACAAGAGGAAGAGGAUGGCACUCAGCCUGUGCUUGGUGUUGAUCAGGAGAAUGGAGUUGACCACAGUAAUGGAGUAUUGUACCACGAGCAGUUUAAUCAGGACUUUUCCCAGGAUAUGACAGUGCAUCUACCUCACAAUGAACACCUGAUGCAGAGGCACAUGUGUGCAGACUGUGGUGAGACAUUUGCAGAUAUUGCAGGGAUUAAGUCUCACAGCUGUCCACUGCUACAGCAGCAACAUGACCCUACUAGCAGUGAGUUUGAGAGUAAUAUAAACUUCCAGAACAGUAAUGGUCACUAUUCUAUCGGAAAUCCAGGGAGUAAUGUAGAGUUCAGUGGUCUGAAUGGUAACCAUGACCAAAGUUACUUUGAACAGAAUUUCCAUGAAAAUGUGAGCAGUCAUCAGCUGAAUGGUGGCAUAGAAGAUGAUAAUGCUGAAGAGGAGGAUGAUGAUGGGGAUCUUUAUCAGUGCUCUAUAUGUGGAAACAGCUACACCAGCAUGAGGGCUCUCAGGAGCCAUCUCCGAGGGCACACACAGUCCCACGGUACUCCUGCAAGCUCAGGGCCCUCGUCCAUGUCCUCCCAUGAAGAAGUGAAAGAUGAUGAACUGGGAGAGAUGAUGAUCUGCAGUACAUGUGGGGAAAGUUUUGCAAAUAGGCAGGACUUGAUUACCCAUCAGCUCCUACACAACAGGGACCAAGUUGAUAACGUUAGUCAGUUACAUGUAAACAACAGUGAUGUAUCUGGAGGCAAAGAGGAAGCACAGAGUAUCAUCUGCGGCAGCUGUGGCAUUUUCUGCACCAGCUACCAUCAUCUCGAGCACCACGGCUGCACAGCUGAGAGGAAAGAUGAGUCGACCAAUGGUAAAGAGGAAGUGAAAGUAAACGAAAUUGCCCAGCACGAAGACACAAGUCACAUUGGAGAGCCAGGUGAUACUGAAUCCCGUCAGUACAAGUGUGAUCAGUGUGGGCGGUCAUAUAGACAUGCCGGCUCUCUCCUUAACCACAAAAAGUCCCACAAAACAGGUGUAUUCAGAUGUCUCGUCUGCCAGAAACGCUUCUACAACCUGUUGGCCUUAAAAAACCAUCAGAGAUCCCACUUUGAUAUUAAGAGGCAUACUUGCCAUGAGUGUGGGAAAGCCUUCAAAAUUCAGAAGCAGCUAUUGAACCACCUGAGAAGGCACAAAGAGAACCAAGCCAAAAUCCAGGAACUCAACAACCAGAUUCAGGCCCUCAUGCAGAUGAAUGGGACCAGGUCAGAUGGAGGAAUGCAGUCCUUGACUUCAAAUUCCAAUCAGGCUCUUACCCCUGCUCGACGCUGCAAGCAGCUGCCUGAAGGGAAAACAGUUCAAACAAAGUGUGAGACUUCAGUCAAAUCAGAGGACACAGGUGACCAGCGACCUUUCGCCUGUGAUCAGUGUGGGCGUACGUAUCGCCAUGCAGGAAGUCUGGUCAACCACAGAAACUCCCAUAAAACAGGUGAAUAUUACUGCUCUGUUUGUAACAACACUUACUCUAAUCAACUAGCAAUGAAGAACCACUUGCGCACCCACUUUGCAUAUAAAAAGCACUCUUGCCAAAACUGUGGAAAAGGCUUUAGAGGAAAGAAGCAGCUAUUAGCUCACGUCUGUGCAGACCUCAGGAAGGAUGGGGUCGGAAGCAGGAGGGGCCUUAAAUCUAGAGCCUUUAAGUGUAAGGAAUGUAAGCAGGCCUUUCCCUCUGUUGACCAACUAGCAGCCCACACCUGUGAUAGACCUUCAGGCAGCAGUGACGCACAAACAAACAUGUCUCCAAACAAAGAGGAGCGUCCUUUCACGUGCAACAUAUGUAAUCGCAGCUACCGCCACGCAGGCUCACUCCUGAACCACAAAAACACCCACAAGACGGGACACUUCAGUUGCACCUUCUGCUCUAAGCCCUUCACUAAUCCCAUGGCUCUACGCAAUCACACGCGCAUCCACACACAGAAGAAAAAGUAUGUGUGUCUCACAUGUGGAAAGGCCUUCCGCCUUGCUAGCAUCCUGCACAACCACCAGAGGGUCCACAACCGUGUAGCGAGUCACUUCAGCUGUCCUGCCUGUGGGAAGAGCUUCCAGGGAAGGUCCGGUCUGAAGAGGCACCGCUGCCGCAGAGGUCAGGAGAACGCAACAAGAGCUGGAGUCCAGCAGUCAGAGAGAGGAGACAAGUGCUUCAUGUGUGACCUGUGUGGGCGCUCCUACCGCCACGCUGGCUCCCUCCUCAACCAUAAAAAGACACAUUCCGACAACCUCCACCACUGCACCUUGUGUCUCCAGACAUUUCCUGAUGCUCUCACUCUACAGAUACACUCCCAGAUGAGGCGUCAUUGCUGCCCUGAGUGCGGCAAGACCUUCUGUCUGGUCGCCCACCUGCAGAGUCACAUGGAGGUGCACUCUAAGGACCAGACUGUGGUCUGCAGCCUCUGCCAGCAGAGCUUUCCCACCACAGAAAGUUACCAGCAGCACCAUGACAUGCACCACAGGGGUCAGGGCCCCUAUCAACAAGCUGUGGAUGAACCCAUAGAUAACAACCUCUGUUGGGACUCAGGAAUAAAUCACACCAUGGGAAUGGACGGGAUGCACAAGCAGGUUCCACCACCUCUGUCCCAUAUCCCAGAAACCACCACUAAUUCACAGAAGGGUAACGACUCUGCUGGCACAGACGAGAAGAGCCAUGUCUGCGAGCACUGUGGCCGCACUUACCGCCACGCCGGCUCCCUCCUCAACCACAAGAACAGCCACAAGACGGGCUCCUUCCUCUGCUCCAUCUGCCAGAAAGAGUUCACCAACCUGAUGGCACUCAAGAACCACCGCCGCAUCCACACGGAGCCCAAGCGCUAUCAGUGCCUGGAGUGUGGGAAGGCGUUCCGCGUGUCCACCCAGCUCAUAUGUCACCGACGGAUCCACACCAAAGAGAAGCCCUUCGCCUGCUUACUGUGCAACAAGAGCUUUUCCAGCAAGUCCAACCUACGGCACCAUCAGAAGAUGCAUCAGAACACACAGACCUACGACUCCUCUUUCAGCAUGGAUGCUGACACAUUUAUGGACCUGGACAUGGGGUCUUUCCUCUAAAGUAGUACUCCACAGCAUACAAGAGAAGAGGACGGGUCCUCUUAUUUAUCUGUUAUUUAUCUCUCUAUCAGUAAUUGUAAAACAGUAUUUUUUCAGAAAGUGCUCCUUUGGUCCUGACAAAAGCUCCUUUUGAAGAUGCACAUUUCAUUGCUGACUUCCAGUCUUACCUCCACGACAGAUGGCAAGAUCAGUGAAAAGUCUCCAGAGAGUUUAUCGGUCAGCUUUUAAUAAGGCCUGAAUGUUUUCCAUGAAUACACAAUGAUCCCAGAAUACAGGGUGCGGGUGAUGAAAACAGUAGUCACCGCUCAUUCCUCAAUGACAAACCAACCAACCAAAGUGAACAGAAAAGUGCAGCCCAGGUCCAUGUAAGAACAUUAACACUGAUAACAUGUUUUUUUAAGACUACUGUUCUAAUGGUGAUCUCUCCUCUCUUGCUAUGUAUAAUUGUGUUCAGUGCCUCUGUAAGUUCCUUAGGAAACAAAAUAUACAAACUAUAUUUAUCUUUGAAUCCUUUUGUUAGCUUUGCCGUCAGUGUCGAAGGACUGCUCACUUUCCUUUGGGAUUUCACAUAGGGCAAGCCCGUUAUUAUAAAGUCAAAUACCUCUGGGUGUGUCCAAAGGUCUGUGGCAAAGUGAUUUACUGAAAUCAUAUUAUCAAGUAAAUAGUUGUACUGCUAAUAAUAUUCACUUUGAGUGACAUUGUAUGCUAAAAUGGAUGUAUUUAUUAAUUUAUUCCCGUUAUUUUAUGUCCAUAUUUUAUUAGGAAAACUUUUUAUGAAUGUUGUAAAAAAAAUCUGUCUUCUAAAACUCAUGUAGCCUUUAAGGAACUUCAUCAGUCGCUUUGUAACUCAUUAGUUCUCAGUUACAACUGGCAGGAAUGAAUGAGCCAAGGAUGGUGUGGUAUCAGCAGCACUCAGGGUAAACCUUCAAAAGGAACAUACCUGAUGUGUAAAACAUUGUAGAUAAUCAGUUUCUUAACUGAACAUAGCAUUUUCUUUUCACUUGUGCCAUUUCAACAUAUUUUAGCUCAUGUAACGUUGACAAAGUCACUCCAACAUUGAGUUGCAGCUGCACAUGCAGUGCACGCUGUAAUCCCUCUUGAACAUUUUAAGAAGCAUCAGCUAUGUUGAAGUGCCAGUGCCUAAAAUGUAACCAAUUGUAGCAGUUUGAUGUAAACAAACCUCUUCUCACUGUACUUGUUUCUUUUGUUUGUCUGAUAUAUAUUUUUUAAUUUAUCUGAUGUUUUAGAAAUCUCCUCAGCUGCAAACAUUUAAAAUGUCUUAAAGCAGUUGAUAACAAAAGUAUUCCAACAAUGAGGUGAAAGUGGUUCUUUAGCCUCUGUCUCCAUGAAAAUCUUUUCCCUUGCAAAUGCUGUAUGUGAAUCAAACUGAAUGACUUUGUAUACGUACAUUCAAACAAACAAAUAUAUGGCCAAAAUGCCUCAUUCCUGCAAAGCACAAGUAUUACUGCAAAUAGACCAGAGCUUAAUGAAUUUACAAUGACAAACCAGUUUCAUGUUCAUUGUCAAAGCUAAAGAACCACUUAUCUUCUGUUAAAAUGUGCAAUUAUUGUUUUUUGUUUUUGCAAAGCUGAAUGUUGUUCUGGUUUCUUUAAAAAAAAAAAAAAUCAGAAAUCUAGCAAAAGUGAACUCAUGGCCUUUGUUUUUUUUUUUUUUUUUUAACAAUCUAAAAUUAAUUUUCUUUAUGCCAUAUACAUUACAUUUCAUGUAUGAAUAUGUUUGGCACUGGUCAGAAGUAUGAAAUACCUCAUGGAAAGCCCUGCCUACCUAGCAACUGCUACUUAAUGCCUCAUGCAGCUUAACUGUAGGGAAUACACUGUAAUCAUGCAGACUCAGAUAGUUACCAAUUGUAAGACAUGGAAUAGAUGAAGCAGCAAUUUUAAGGUUUAACUUUGCAGAAUCUGUUUUCACCACGACAUGGUUGUUUCUCUGCAGUUUGUUAUUUUCAGAGUUAUAUUUGCACAUGUGUAGUUGAGACACUUGUAGCCUAAGGAGGACAGGAGGUUGAUGAUAAUGCAGCCGAGAUGUCGACAGGUAACAAGUCGGCUGCUCAUUGGUUCACCUCAGCUCAUUUUGCGGGUUGUAAUAUUUAAGCAAUAUGCUGAAAGUAAAGUUUCAGUGCACGAACUGAGUACAUCUCAUUUGUCUUCAUCAGAUUCAGCACACUGACACUAGCCUUGAAAAACCAUGACAACUUGCCAUCUACCAUUUUGUUACAUUAUUUAAAAGCCGAUGUAUAUUAACUGUAAUGAUUUAGAUGAUUACUGUAACAUAUUUUGGUAUGCCAUGGUAGCCUACAUGUAAAAUGACAUUUUCAGUUAAAACUGUAAACUGACUUUAUUUUUGUACAAUGUUCCCAUUCUUAUUCCAUGUGGCACUUAACAUGUUCACUCCUGUCAUCGAUCACAAUCAUAUUUGUGGCGUGCAUUAAUCUCAGAGCUCUCUCUGUAAAUAUUAGAAGGAAAAUAUCGGUUGGGUCUCUGUACAUUUAUGACAAGAUUUUGUUCGGCAGGAGAAAACUGAUAGAUUAGCUAUUGUGUAAUAAAAUGCAUAUACCACACGUUCUGAUUUAUUGGAUUUUCAGUGCUCAAAAAUGUCUGCUCAGUAUUUAAGUCAUAUUUAUAUAACUAUUUUGUCACUCUGAAGUGUAGAUUUUUACUUCUUUGUUAGAACUUAGUUUAGAAUAUAAGCAAAUUAUUGAUAAAACUAGUUGAAAUUAAUUAAAAGACUUGGAAAAUACAAUGUGUUUGUUUCUUGUCCACAUUCUUCUGACUGAUAGUUACUAAUACACCUUGGAUUACUAAUUAAAGUUGUCAGUUUUAUUGUGAAAAUACUUUUGGUACACAAAGAAGUUUAUAAGAUUGCAUUAAGUAAAAGAAGCCAGUGCAUUUACAGUAUAUACAGUUAGAAAUAGAAAGCAUAAGAAAGUAGCAGAAAGUGUUAGUUAUUGCUUGAUAACGUUGUUGGCUGGCCGAGUGGAAGUUUAACAAAAAUCUUCACUGGAGUCCCUUUAAAAAUGUGCUUGUCCCUUGCAGUUGAUGCAAUACAACACUGCAAGAUACUUAGAAAUAAAUAAUAUAAACAUCUAAAAAAAAAAAAAAAAAGGAAA